CGGAGGGCGAGGGGUGUGUACCUAGAACAAGGAACAACAUCAUGGUGGUGUUCAACGGGCUGAUAAAGGUGAGGGUCUGCGAGGCUCAGGACCUGCGGCCCACGGACUACGCCACACGGCACGCCGUCGUGCGCCCCGCCUCGCAGGUCCUGGACCCGUACGUCAAGCUGAACGUGGACGACACGUGCUUCGGACAAACAACGGCGAAACCAAAGACGUUGAACCCGAAGUGGAAGGAGGACUUCACGACUGAGGUGCAUAAUGGUCACACGGUCGGGGUAACUGUGUUCCACAACACCACCAUAGGACCUGACGACUUCGUGGCCAACUGUAAUGUCACCUUCGAGGAGCUUCUUCAAGAGCAGGGAGGCAGCGCUGACAUAUGGGUUGACUUGGAGCCUGCGGGAAAAGUGCACCUGAUAGUUGAGCUUAAAGGAGCUGCUUGUGAGCCUGGUAAGACGACAUUAGCAGCCGCCGCCUCAGCUUCUGCCUCAGCCUCUGCGGUGGCAGAGAAGGUCUUCAGGCCCGGCAUGGGCCGACACCAGCGGAAAAAUGCCAUGCGGCGGCGCGUCCACCAGGUCAACGGCCACAAGUUCAUGGCCACCUACCUGCGGCAGCCAACGUACUGUUCUCACUGCAGAGACUUUAUCUGGGGAGUACUUGGAAAGCAAGGAUACCAGUGCCAAGUCUGUACCUGUGUAGUUCACAAGAGAUGCCAUGAACUGGUCGUUACGAAGUGUCCAGGACAGAAGGAACCCAUUCAAGAUGAGUUUCUCACCUCAAGAUUUAGUAUCAACAUGCCUCAUCGAUUCAGCACUCAUACCUACAAGCGCCCUACCUUCUGUGACCAUUGUGGAUCAUUGCUGUAUGGACUUUUUAAACAAGGGCUCCAGUGUGAAGCUUGCAAGAUGAACGUGCACAUGAGAUGUCAGAAGAACGUGGCGCACAACUGUGGCAUCAACCCCAAAGAGAUCGCUCUGAAACUGGCCGAGCUCGGCCUCACCGGGGACAAGUUAACGCCGAGAAAAAAGAAGGGCGGCUCCAUGGCCUAUCAUCAGGGCAGACCCCAUCAGGUAAACAAGGCAAGAGAUCUGUGGAAAUCUUUGAAACAAACAGUCCCAGCUUCAUGGGUUCAAGAUAAGAAAUUAAAGACCUCCAAUACUCACGACACAGCCAAGAAGGCAGAGCUGGAAGGAAAGGGCGACAAUGAGAAACAGGACAAGAGACCACACUCUGCACCCAGAAUAGAUGACAAAGAGAAGCCAUGCACAGACCUGAAUGAGAAGCCACAGGAUGUGGAGGAGAAUGCCAGCUCCACAUCCAGUAACAGCACCAUGACCUCACCCGACCUGUCUGGGGCCCCGGACAUCAGACAUCGCAGAUUGAAACUGGACGACUUCAACUUCAUCAAGGUGCUAGGAAAGGGCAGCUUUGGCAAGGUGAUGCUGGCAGAGCUGAAGGAGUCUGAUGAUGUGUACGCCAUCAAAGUGCUGAAGAAGGACGUGAUCAUCCAGGACGACGAUGUGGACUGCACCAUGACGGAGAAGAGGGUGCUGCUGCUGUCCAGGAAACACCCCUUCCUCACCGCACUGCACGCCUGCUUCCAGACUAAGGACCGCCUGUUCCUUGUGAUGGAGUAUGUGAACGGAGGUGACCUCAUGUUCCAGAUACAACGGGCUAGAAAAUUUGACGAACCACGUUCUAAAUUUUACUCAGCGGAGGUGAUCCUGGCUCUGAUGUUUUUACACGAACAUGGAAUCAUUUACAGAGAUUUGAAAUUGGAUAACAUCCUUUUGGAUGCCGAUGGCCAUAUAAAACUUGCUGACUUCGGUAUGUGUAAAGAGGGCAUCCUGAAUGGGAAGCUCACCACCACGUUUUGUGGAACACCCGAUUACAUUGCUCCUGAGAUCCUACAGGAGUUGGAGUACGGCCCCUCCUGUGAUUGGUGGGCCCUGGGCGUGCUGCUGUAUGAGAUGAUGGCGGGCCAGCCACCGUUCGAGGCCGACAAUGAAGAUGACCUGUUCGAAUCCAUCCUGCACGACGAUGUUUUGUAUCCAGUAUGGCUUAGCAAAGAAGCUGUAGCUAUCCUUAAAGCUUUUAUGACAAAGAAUCCUGCCAAGCGGUUGGGCUGUGUUGCUGCUCAGGGAGGGGAGGCUGCCAUCAAACAACACGUUUUCUUUAAAGACAUAGACUGGGAGGCACUGUUAGAUAGAAGAGUAAAACCACCCUUCAGACCAAAAAUUAAAACAAAGAAGGAUGCCAAUAACUUUGAUCAAGAUUUCACACGAGAGGAGCCAGUUCUUACGCCAACUGAUGAUGCAGUGGUGAAGGCAAUCAACCAGGAGGAGUUUAAAGGGUUUUCUUUUACUGGUGACGAUACAGAAGUGUAGAAGGGAAGUGUAUGCACAGGUCCUGCUGCUAGUCAUUCUCUGGUUUGUACUCCAAGCACCGUCUUUAUGCAAAGAUGCUAUAUGAAAACUUACAAGAAAAGUACAACAGUCUCACUCGAUGGAAGGCAAGUGACACGGCAGAGUGUUGCCUACAAAAGUUGUAUCCGGUCUCUUGCACAAGCACCAAUGUUUUUCUCAAACACACUGAAAAAUUCCUACAACCAACUUUGUUUUCCUUGAUAGGACCUCUUCUUGUGAUGAUAUGUGAUUGUAUUUAGUGAUAGUGUAGCAAUGUACAGAACCUAUAUAUAUAUGAGCCUGUUUUACCAGUGGAGACAUUUUUGCUGUUUUUUUCUUGUGCAAUGGAUGAUGUUUUUGUGCAGUCAACUGAUGCAGUUACUGGCUCCCAUCCUGUGAUUGGAUAGCUAUAGAAGUUUUUAUGGGAUAAUCGCCAGAUUUUUUUUUAAAGAGCAAGAAGUGCAAACUACUGGAAUGUAGUCAUUGUGAUAUUUUUGUGGCUUUAUAUAUGAGUGCAAAACUGUUACUUAUUUGUAUAAAUAUGAGUACCUGUCAACAUGUUACAGAGAACUUAAAGAGAGAUACUACAAAAAAACUAACUAAUUCCUACCAUCCUGCCAAUUCUGCCUUCUGGAUGAACGUGUUGAUGUCUUUGUCUCCUCCUCGUGUGAUACAUGUGUGUGUAGCUGCUCCUGUGCGGGUACAGCAGCUGUUUCUACAAGGUGGUUGUGUUUGGAUGUGGUAACUUAUAUGACUCAGGAGCUUUUUAGAGUAAGGGGUACACUCAUUAUUCUGUGGGCUACACAGGAGGUGGUUGAUAGUACUGCAGAUGGCAGUUUGUUUCAGCUGAUGAGCUUCGGAAGGUCUUUUAUAAAAGUAUGCUCUAUUGUUAAUGAAAUGCCAUCAUCUUAGGACAUUCCUAUAGAACAGACUAAAACCAAUAGAUGGCCUCCACCUGUCCCAGGUACUGUAGAUCACUGAUACAGCUGUCCCAGGGGAUACAUGCAUGAAGUUGGUAUAUCUGAGCAAAGGAAAGCAACUUUGAGCUCUGUCGGGUGUGCAUUUUGCAACCAAAGUUGUGAGGAUGCUUGUUAAGUCCGAAUAGGUGUUCUGAGUUGAUUGUCAGACGACUGUUGUUUCUCAAAGCAUCGUUUGUCAUUUUUAUCUGACAAUCACGGAUCCUUUUGUUCCUAUGAGAAUAUGAUGCUGUUUGGCUGAAAGCUUGAUAAACCAUGUACACUUGAGCUGUCGAUAAUUUGGAAGUUUUAAAAAAUGGGUCCUUUUGGGAUGAAAAUAUGACGCCAUAUCGCUGAAAGCUUGAUAAACCAUGUUGGCUUGAGCUGUCGGUAUUAAAUUUGGAACUUUUAAAAAACGGAUCCUUUUCAGAAUGAAAAUAUGAUGCUGUUUUCCUGAAAUCUUGAGAAACCAUGUAGGCUUGAGCUGUCAGUAAUUUGGAACUAUCAAAAAAAAUUGUGCUACUUUCCCAAUCUCUGAGAGGAGUUCCGAUUUUAGCAGUAGAGCAAGAGUAGUAAGGGUCCCAGUGCCAGACGGACAGAUUCUGAUUCAGUGUUUGAGUGAAGUUGACUGACUCUGUCAUUCAUGUAUAUGAACAUUGCUUUGACUACAUCUUCAAGUCUUGGAAGCAUACAAUCUUCGAAGAACUCGCUAUUGAAAGAAACAAUUUCUUGCCUGCCAUAUUCUAAAUUCAGAACUGUAAAUGCUCUGCAGCAUGUGCCAAACAUUUGAAUGACAUUAGUGAGUGAGCCUUGACUGUACCUCAAAGACUGCGACAUGUUGCAACAUGUUUUAAGUCUAUUGUUACUGCUGUAAGGAGAUGCUUGUUGUUCUUGUUGUGUCUUUUGACAGAUUGUGGUCUUGUCAUUUUGUAACUUUGUGCCUCACUGUGGCUAUUGUUAUCUUCAGGUGGUCAUCAUCUCUGCAGGUGUACAAGUGUUUCAUGUUUCUGUUGACUCCACUCAAGACAAGAGCUUGAGCUUAAAGCAUGGUUGUGUGAUAUCAACCCCCUUUGUUCACUCCCUACAUCAAGAAAACUUCACAAGGAAAGCACAAGGGAGUAGCAGUGAACUGCUGAUGCUCCAUAAGGCCAUGUUGAUUUGCUUAUAUGGAUGACAUCCGUGCGUGCAUCAAUUUUUAGCCGGUAAAAAAAAUUGAUUUCAACCAUACUGUAAAUCAUACAAAGCAAAUGUCCGACUGGAUUGCAAAAACAAAUAUCGGAAAAAGUAUACUGUAUGUCAUAGGGUAUUCAAAGGUCAGAGAAGAUGACCACAUAGAUUUCAUAAUGAGAGCAACUUAUUUUGGUCAAAAUUUUUUUUAUUUGCAUGCUUGCCUCAGUUUUGGGGUUCCUAGAGGAUGUCAUCCAUAUAAUCAAAUGAACAUAGCCAAACAGACAUAUCUGCAACUGCAAUUUAGAAUGUAGAGAACAUGAGGCACAAUAUUUGUACUUCUUUGACUGUAAAAGGUUUACAGCCACAAUGUCGUCCAGCUAGGCUAUACAGUAGUCUGUGUAACACAAACUCUGCUGUCCGGGGCUGUAACUGGCCCCUCCCCACAGAGGGCGGCGGAUGUUGGGCGGGCUGCUAUAAGCGAGAUUUAAUCAGGCUAGGCUAUUCAGGUGGAGGCUUGUUAGGUAGAUGUCACUGUCUUCAGAAUGAUGGGGACCUGUCCACACAGCAUCACAGAAUUCCUGAUGAAUAAUCUGCUCUACUUUGCUUUGAAGAGUUGGACGAAUCUUUCUCAUCUUACUCAUGGAGUCUGAUUUGUUAGAAUAAGAAUGCCCACACGUCACUUCCCUCUGCUGUUGAUAGAAUACGUCGUGCUGUUGUAGGCCUUUUCAUAGUGUAUGGAAUGUGCUGUCUAGAGUGAAGGACAUGUGAAAAUUCAAAAGUUAGGCUUUGUUAAGAAGAGUUGAAAGAAUAUUUCUACCUUAACCAAAAGAGGAAGACCUUCUAGCACCUGAACAAACUUUCCAACACAACAAAUUUGUCGACUUUAUCUUCGAGCUACAUUUUUCGUAGUUUGUCAAAUAUGUUGUUUAGAAAGGUUUUUGUUGUGGAUGUGUGAAUAGUUUUCCAAUUGCUAGCUGUCCAUAGAUGUCAAAGGAUAGAAGGUAUCUUCCUAAUUGUUGACCCGUGUUUAAGAAAGAUUAAAGGUCUGUUUUUACAAUUCUAAAUUAGAAUGUACGUUAGUUCUGUCUGCUGCCUAAUAUAGUGUGUGCUCAAUGUCGACCUGUUGUCUUGCUGGUCAAUCCUAAGCUUUUCUUGUUGUGUGGAGCCGUGUCACGUGUAUGAAAUGCCAUAUACAUCCCUACAGUCACUGAUGCUGUACAUGGGCAAAGUUGUUGUUCAAGAAGACAGAAAUGUUUUUGUUUUUUUGUCAGGUAAAGGUGGAUCGGUGUAAACACUAAUUUGCAAUCUUAUGUAAAAAAAAAAGAAGAAGUGUGAAACAAGCUUCGAGAUCUAUAUUGUGAAUUUGUGUUUCCCUGUAAUAUUGUGUGUUGUCUAACAAAGCCUUGUACAUAGGGAUAAGGAAAUUUCAAAAUCUCUUUUUGUAAGAUGCAUGAUAAUGACUGACUGUCCAAGGACAUGAAUAUGUAUAUUCUAUUGUGAAUACCUGUAGAGCAUGUAUGUUUGGAUAAUAUGGAACAGUAUUAUUGUGAAGUUUCAACCCGGAUUUGCAUUUCAUGUUUUGUAAGUUUAAUACGAUGUGUGUUCUCUGAACUUGUUGGAAAUGGCACUGUCCAUUUACCUGUAAACUUAUUUGACUGAUGAGACUAGCGGACUGCUUGUUGUCUUAAAAAGUAGGAAGACCUCUGAACAGAUGAGUUAUAUGCUUGCAAAGAGAUCUCUAUGGAAUAAGAGGAAUAUGUAUCGGAGGCGGAUAAGCCUCUGAAUGCCAUGCAUGUAAGUAUGACGAUAACAGGAUGGCAAAUGUCUGGAAGUCAGAACAUCAUGAAAAUAAAUUUCUCAGAGACAA